ACUUGGAACAUAAGUGCAGUUGUCUACUUGCCCCCUCACUCUGUUACUUGGAUUCAAUCAUGUCGAACAACAGCGCCGCCAACAGCAGUUUAGUCAUCGCUCAGAAGGCAGUGAAACAGCUUCGUCUGGAGGCCAGCGUCCGCCGGAUAAAGGUUUCUCAGGCUGCUGCAGAACUGAAAAACUUCUGUUUGCAAAAUGCCCACAAAGACCCUCUCCUCACCGGGGUGCCCUCCAGUGACAAUCCUUUCCGGCCUCCCAAGUCAUGUGUCCUCCUCUGAGAUCUGUAGAGUGCAUUCAGGCAGUCUCCUCAUUGUUCUAACGUGGAUUUCUGUCAUGUGCGCCGCCACUGUUGAAGAUAACGAAGACCUAGUCAGUGAAGGAGUUGAUUAAAUGAUAAUGAUUUCAGGUGAAACAUUUAGCCAAUCUUAUUUUAAUUAUUUGUGUGUUUCUGCAUUCUGCAUUUCUGUUUUGAAGACCUGUGGAAUAACAUUUUUAACAGUCAUUAUCAGUGGAUGUGCAAUUGUAUUUGGCACUAUAUAAAUAAAAUACAACUGAAUUAAACCGGAUGAAAACUCACACAGCUGAAAACAACAUGACUAGAAAAAUUCCCAUGAAAAUUACACCUUAAAAUACAAACCUAAGCAGUUUAUUCCCAUUUAUAGAUGUUUCCCAGGAUCAAGCAGCAACCUCUAGACUCUAGAGUUUAGAGUCUAAACUUUAAAAAUCAAGAAACAGAAGUUCCUCUAAUGACCACUUGGCUCCAAAUGUCAUUUAGUUUGAUUUAAAACAGAAAUAAAUGUGUUUACUCGGACUAUUCAAAUAUUUUUUAUGUUACUUAACACUACGAGCAGCUAACUGCUAGUGUUGGUAAAUAACAUCCAAAUAUAACUUCAAACAAACCCACUGAGCAACAUCACACUGGCUCCAUUUAUCUUUAAUCUAUGUCCAGAACAGGUGUAAAACAAUCGUUUUAAUCUUUAUUUCUUUAUUUAUAUAUUCAUUUUUUGUCAAUUCUUUCCAGCACUAGAUGAAAACAUUCAAUAUAACUCAAUUUCUGAACAACUGAGUUUAACGCAUGUAUUCCCAUCAUCAGUCAGAAGCUGACUGUCUGUAAUCAUCUAUUUUAACCACUGAAAAUGACCACGAGUUAAUUCAGAUAUGAAGGAACUAACUGAGCAUAAAUGAAGCUCAUUGGACACGGAGCGUACUACACAAAUGACCAGCCAUCAGUUUGUGUCAGAAAGCUCUCUCUAAAAUGUAUUUGAAUUCAUAUCAUAACAUAAAGAACAGCAAAUAUUUUAUGGUGACUUUAUUUACAAUGUAAUGAAAUGUGCCAGAUAUGGGCCCUUGUGCUUUUUACACCUACUCUUGCUUGCACUGUCAUUUAAUUGCUACUAUGCAUGUAUCACAUUAAAUUAUUACCCUAACAAUCUGUAUGUACUUUGUUUCCUUUCCGUUUGCUUUCUCCGUUUUUUAAAAAUGUAAUACAAAAUGUACAAAAGAUAUCUUCAAAAAAUGAAGAUGUACUAUGUUUAUACAUUAUUAAUAAUGUAGUGGUCAGUGUUUAGGAUGUGAAAAGCUAAUGGCUAUCAUGGAAAUGGGGAAGCGGACGCAAGAGUUAAUGAAUCACUAUCAUGAAUAGUACUCGUCGCCAUUGAUCGGUGGUCAUGACGUUAACAGGCCUAAAACUGAGCCUGUGGCUCCAUGUUAGCCUGCGAUGCCUGUGUCACUCACUGUACAUCAGCAGUGUUUAGAAGGCUGGGGAAACCUGCAGUAAGCUGAAACUCAGAUGAGUGAUGACACGUUUCUCUCACUGAAAACGUGUCCAGAUGAGCUGAAUCAACUCUCUGGGUUUUACUUACCUGGAUUAUUGGAUUAGAGUUCCGCUGUAUGUUUAAGUUGCACUUCUAUCUUCUGAACCAAAGUCUAACUUUAUUUUUCUUGUUGCAGGCUCUUCUUGAGAAUCUGCAUUUCGGAUGUUCGAGCAAUCAGUUCAUGCUCCAUUGAUUAAAAAUAAGUGCCUUUUCUGA